UUGGUGUUCUGUGCUGUGAGUCAUAUCUAUAAAUGUCAAUUGAUGUCAAUCAAAUAUAUUGUAACAGAAAAAAACAAUUACUAAAAACUCUCAGGAAUAAUCUUAUUGUUUAAAUAGAUAAUAAAUAACAAUAGUUAUUUAAUAAUGGGCAACGAAAUGUCAUCUUCCGCAAUGGAAAAACACCUUUUUAAUUUAAAAUUCGCCGUAAAAGAAUUGGAAAGAAAUUCAAAGAGAUGUGAAAAGGAAGAAAAGCAGGAGAAAGCCAAAACAAAACAAGCAAUCCAAAAAGGAAAUAUGGAAGUGGCCAGGAUUCACGCGGAGAAUGCUAUCCGACAGAAAAAUCAAGCUUUAAAUUAUUUAAAAAUGUCUGCCCGUGUAGAUGCAGUAGCUAGCAAGGUGCAAUCGGCUGUUAUGACAAGGAAAGUAACAAACUCAAUGGCAGGUGUGGUGAAAACAAUGGAUGCAGCUAUGAAAAGUAUGAAUCUAGAGAAAAUUUCAAGUGUCAUGGACAAAUUUGAGCAACAGUUUGAAGACUUGGGUGUGCAAACUGAUGUUCUUGAAAAUACAAUGGCCCAAACUACGACAACACUUAUUCCACAAAAUGAUGUAGAUUCUCUCAUGCAACAAGUAGCAGAUGAAGCCGGUCUCGAAUUAAAUAUGGAAUUACCUACUGGUCCAACUGCAACGAGCGAUGCAGCAAGUACAGCAACACAAGAACAAGAUGAGCUUUCACAAAGAUUGGCUAGAUUGAGACAACUGGAAUAAUAUUCUUAAAUUUUCAGUUGUGAACUUUGUGAUAUAGGUUUUAUUACCAAGUAUAAUAUGCACUUUCUGUGUAAAAAUAUAUUUUUUAUUUUACAUACUCCAUUACUAGUUUUUCUAGUUGUUAACAUGUAUUAUUGUUUGAAGUUGUUCUAACUAUUGUAAAUCUCAACUGCUUCAGAAAAUUUAUAAGGUGAAUUAUUUUAUUUAAUAAUAAAUGUAUUUUAUUUA